ACCAUGAAUCGAAUUGCUCGUGAUUUCCCGCCAAACUCCGAAGCCGGUUUCAUCUCUCUGAUCCAAUCCUCUCAAUCACUCCACCAUCUGAAGCAAAUCCACGCCCUUGUCCUCCGUCUCCACCUCUUCUUCUCCAGCAUCCCCAUCUCCACCCAACUCCUCUCCUCCUCCUCCCGUCUCCACUCCAUCCCCUUCUCCCUCUCCCAUCUUCCGUCUCUUCCCCUCCCCUUCUCCUUCCCUCUUUAACGCCCUCAUCCGCGCCCUCUCCGACCACUCCCUCCCUUUCCUUGCUCUCUCCCAUUUCGCCAUCAUGUUCAACUCCUCCCUUCGCCCCGGCCGCCUUGCCUUCCCCUUCGCCCUCAAGUCCGCCGCCGCUCUCUCCCACCCCUCCCUCGCCUUCUCCCUCCACGCCGCCGCUUCCAAGGUCUCUCUCGACCUCGACUCCUUUGUUCGCACUUCUCUUGCUGAUAUGUACGUAAAGCUUGGGUUUUUGGAUUGUGCACUCAAGGUGUUUGAUGAAACGCCUGACUCGCACCGUGCUGGAAAUGUUCUUCUUUGGAAUGUUGUUCUCAAUGGGCUUUGCAGGGAUGGUGAUGUGGAGAGAGCGAGGGAGUUAUUUGAUGUGAUGCCGGAACGGAGUGUUGCUUCUUGGAAUAGUUUGGUUCAUGGGUUGUUGAAAAGGGGUGAUCUUGAUGGUGCUGUGGAGUUGUUUGAGGGAAUGCCUGAGAGGAAUGUGGUAUCUUGGACGACGAUGGUGGCGGGGUUAUCACGGAACGGGGAUAAUCAGCGGGCUGUGUGGAUGUUUGAUCGGAUGUUGGAGAAUGAGGUUAGAGGGAAUGAGUUCACGGUGGCGGCGGCAUUGUCUGCGUGUGCGAGGAUGGGGGCUUUGGAGAGUGGUUUGCGCGUUCAUGAGUAUGCUUUGGCAAACGGGUUCAGGGAAAAUGGAGCAGUGGGCACUGCGCUUGUUGAUAUGUAUUCGAAAUGCGGGAAGAUUGAGUGUGCAAGUGAGGUGUUUGAUAGGAUGGAGCGGAGGGAUGUGCUCACGUGGACGGCGAUGAUAAUGGGGUGGGCAAUUCACGGGCAUUGGAGAAAAGCAUUUCAGUGUUUUGAGGACAUGAAGUGUGCGCGUGUUAAGCCAGACGAUGGGGUGUUUUUAGCUGUCUUGAUGGCGUGUGUGCAUUCGGGGAAGGUGGAGAAGGGGCUUGAGUUGUUUGACAGCAUGAGAUUCGAUUAUCAAAUUGAGCCAACGAUGAAGCAUUACACAUGUAUUGUGGACUUAUUUGGAAGAGCUGGUCGAUUGCAAGAGGCUCUUGAAUUCAUGAAAGCCAUGCCUGUCGAACCAGACUUUGUCCUCUGGGGUGCACUUUUUAGUGCUUGCAGGGCUCACAAGAACAUUGAGAUGGCAGAAUUGGCAGCUGAGAACCUUCUCCGGCUCAAACCAAGUCACUCUGGUGGCUAUGUUUUCCUUUCAAACAUGUACUCCAGUGCAAGAAGAUGGGAUGACGCGGAGAAAGUUAGAAUCACUAUGAAGGAUCAAAGUGUGGGGAAAUCCCCGGGAUGGAGUUACAUUGAAAUCAGGGGACAAACACAUUGUUUUUAUGCGGGUGAUCGGUCUCACCCCCAGUCAAACGAAAUACACAACAAGCUAGAGGGGUUAGUACUCCGCGCUAAGGAGCAAGGAUAUGAACCAGACAGAGAGUGUGUUCUCCAUGACAUCGAGGAUGAGGAUAAAGAAGACUCAUUAGAAUGCCACAGCGAAAAGCUGGCCCUGGCAUUUGGGCUCAUCAGUACUGCAGAUGGAGAGGAAAUCAGGAUUGUGAAAAACCUCAAAGUCUGUGGAGAUUGCCAUUCGUUGAUGAAGGUUGCUAGUUUGAUAUGUGGCAGAGAAAUUGUACUUAGAGAUAAUAAAAGGUUUCACCAUUUCAAUUCUGGUGUGUGUUCUUGUGGAGAUUAUUGGUGAUCAUCUUCUUGUGAUCAAGCAAAGACUAAAAAACAAACUAACCUUGCAUUCUUCACAGCAUGGCAAUGGCAAAACACAAUGCUAUCAAGUAUGUUCUCUUGCUCUGAUUUACUUUCAAAUUCUAGACCAUAUCAAGCUUAAACCACAUGAUAGAAUCCUUUUCAUUCAGUGGUUUUAAUUAUCAUAAGAAUAAACCAUUUGAUUGGUUUGACAAAGCAAUCUUAGGGAAUAAACCACUUGUAUGUGACUUUUUUUCACUCUCUAAAUAAAAAAAAAUAUUUAUUUUGAUUUUAGAGGAUUGUUUGGGUUCGUGGUAACGUGAAAACACGCCCAAUGUUGCACACAGUAAGAGACCACAAUCUUAAAAGACCGGUUUGAUGGUGUGGGAUUGCCCUUCACAUAAUAUGCAUAGACUCUCCCUCAAUUAGCAAACAUGGGCCCGGCCCGGCCCAGCCCAG